GCUCUCCCCUGGCCACACCCUCCGCCGGGACGCAGCCACCGCCGCUGCCCUCUGUCCACGAGGCUGCAGGCUUGGGACCCCCGGCUCUGACCCUCUGGGGACAGCCCCCGAGGGAGGCACGGGGCCCCCCUGAUCUACUCCUGUGCCUUGUAGGCUCAGCCUUGGUGGGAUGUCGCCCUCUGGUCGCCUGUGUCUCCUCACCAUCGUUGGCCUGAUUCUCCCUACCAGAGGACAGAUAUCGAAGGAGGCCACAGUUUUUUCUCCAGCAGACCCAAACCAGUCAAACGUUCGUGCUCUGACACCAGCCCCAGAUGCAGACCUAGAACCCAAGCCCACCCCUCAGAUAAGCCCGCAGACUGGUGGAACAACACGAGAGCAGGAGGAGGAGAUCCAGACCCCGAAAAUGGAGUCCCAGCAACCGACUGGAGUGCACCCGCCCCUAACCACAGAUCCGAGGACAGGCAAGACCGGCCCAGAAGCCACACCCUCGGCUGAACCCAGUAAAGGCACAACGGUCUCCAAAAGGCAGUCUCCAGGCAAAGGCGGCAGGCCAGACCCUAUCCUCGGGCCGACUGGUUCCAGUGAGGACAACCCCUUCUCCUAUGAUGAGUACACUCUCCGGAAGCGGGGGCUGCUGGUCGCAGCUGUGCUGUUCAUCACCGGCAUUGUCAUCCUCACGAGUGGCAAGUGUAGGCGGUUACCCCAAUUAUGCCGGAAUCGUAACAGGUGAGACCAUUGGAAGUAGGGGCCGGCAACUGAAUCGAUGGGCACCCCAAGACUGAGUCCCCACCGGCUCACCGUGCCCAGCCACCUCCCUCCCCUCGCGAAGCCUACAGAAUAGUCGAUAAAGCCCAGCCUGAGAGGGAAGACCCGGAUGGAGCCAGAGCCGGGGCUGAUGGCCCAAGGCCCCUCCCCUCCCCUCCCCAUCCUGCCCACCCAGAGGGCUGCCCAGCUCCCUGGGCACUGCUCCCCAAGUUACCCAUUGUGUUCAGAUGAAAAGUAAAGCACUGUGGUCCUUGCC